CACUACCAGGUUGGGGGAGUGGGAUGGAGGUGUUGGCUGGGGUAGUGUUGAACCAGUGAGCACCCAAAGCGCAGGUCUGAUCCACUUGUUCCGCCUAUAUACUGACUCCCGGAUGCUGUCGAGUGUUACUGUGGUGUGUGUAGUGGCCUAUGAGUGUCUGUGCCAGUCACAGUGAGGGACCCAUCACUCGAGAAGUUGUCUCAGCGAAAAAUAGUCUCAGUAUGGGACAGUAACUGUAGUACAUCGAAGAAAGCACACCGCAACCAAAGGACAAAAUAAUGACACGUAUACAUUACGUAGCGUCUGAUAAAGGCUUUAACAGAGUAUGUUGAAGGUAGGUGUUGGAGUGGCGGGGCUGCGGGAUGAGGUGUUGGGCCUGCGUAGGAGUCCUGUCACUGUCAUCCUGCUCGUUUACGCAGCUCUCGUCCUAGACAACAUGCUUCUCACAGUCGUAGUUCCCAUCAUCCCUGAUUAUCUCUAUCAACUAGAACACCAACACACAGCCAGGGAUGCCUAUCUUAAUACCACCAUACCAUCAACGACCGCCACCUACAAGACUUUGCCCAAGGGCAUAUAUAACAACCAGUCAACUCUCUCCUCUCGAGACUUAACCUCUUCAAGUCCCAAGUUGCAGGAUCGUCCAUCUCACUCCACAUCUGAAGCCUCGAUGACAGAAAUUCGUACGCUGCCAAAAUUUCCCACUCCGGUAUUGAAAGAAAUAAUGGCUGUUCCACAGGUAGAAGUUUCCUCAGAUGCUAAGCCCUCUGUGGUGUCUGACUACCAAAGCAUGCAUACAAAACUAGCUUUGCAACAUCUAAUGAAUUUCAGCGAGAAAAUUAAUUUGGCUGGAAACCUUAAGCGGUACCGGAGUGAGCUCCCUAACCAAGACUCUGAUAAUCUUACGGAGCCCAUUGAUAAUCCUUCUGAACCCAUUGAUAAUCCCGGCAAACGUUUCGACGAUUUAGUGCACGUGAAACGUUUAAAAAUGCAGACUCCAAAACCCGUUGACAAUGCUGAGAUACAUUAUAAUUCUUUGAAAGAUACACAGUCGAAGAGAUCAGAUGAGAUAAAAGAUAGAAUUUCCCAUAACAUAAACAAUAAGAAUAUUCUACGAAUUAACACUGGUGAAGACACAUUCCACUAUUCACAUGACAAUGUCUCUGUCCGGCAGCUUCAUCCUGGAAGCACCCAAGUUCCCCAGCACUCUUUGGAAAAGACACUUCAGCUGGCUAACUCACAUAAAACAACGACCACACAACACAUUUCGAGACACGAAGUUAACGAUGGCUCGAGGCGUCAGCAGGAGCCUCAGAAAGUCUCAGCUUUAGCAAGGGAGGACAAGAAGCUUCCACAAGACAUCAUCGCUGAGAACGGGCGGGUGGGAUUGCUCUUCUCGUCCAAGGCUCUGGUGCAGCUGGUAGUGAAUCCACUGGUGGGGCCCCUCACCGCUCACGUCGGUUACUCCUUCCCGCUAGUUGUGGGCACUCACAACCUCAUUCUCUCAGCUCUCCGAAAGAUCUUAUUUCCUGACUGUGAAGCCACACAGCAUCCAUCAGCGACUUUGUCAGAACCAAGAAUUAUGUAUCGAACAGCCGAGUUGGGUACUCCUAGGCGAGAAGAGUAUACACGUGUAGUAGAGGGAACUCCAUUGGUGAACCUGGUGCGGGACCCAUACAUCCUAGUGACUGCUGGAGCCAUCAUGGUGAGCACAUCAGCCAUGGCUGUACUGGAACCCUGUCUUCCCAUUUGGCUUACCGACACCCUUCACCCCCAGAAGUGGCAACUAGGAACAGCAUUCAUCCCAGACAGCAUAGGGUACUUGGUGGGCACAAGCUGCACUACUGGACCCGCAUUCCGUAUGGGAAGAUGGAGGGCAGCUGUGGUAGCUAUGUUAAUGGUGGGCCUCGCUGCUGCUACUGUGCCAGAAGCGAGAUCAAUGUUGGCACUAGCUGGACCGCACCUGUGCCUGGGCAUGGGCGUAGGCACUGUGGAUGCUGCUCUCAUGCCCCUGUUGGCUGCUUUAGUGGAUGCCAGACAUGUUGCAGCCUAUGGGUCUGUUUAUGCCAUCGCUCAAGCUGCUGUUGCUCUCGCCUACUUCCUUGGACCGUUAGUGGGUGGGGCUGUGGUCCAGAAAAUAGGCUUUCCUUGGCUGAUGCGCAGCGUAGCUAUCCUUAACAUAUGCUACUGUCCUGUCCUCUUCUUCCUCAACAGCUUCGACCAGAGUGCAACAGAGACACAGGCCAUUUUAAUGGCUGCUCCAAAGCCACAUGACUACACCAGCCACAUCACUACAAUUGUCCAGCCUCGGGGGACUUCACUUAUGUACCAACAGCUAUUUGACGAAGAGGAUGAUGACUAGCUGCUGGCACACAUUUAUGAGAGUAAAUCUGACAUCCUAGUCCUGAGUAUAUUUUGCUUUCACCCCAGCAGUAGUUUCCCACAAAGGCAGGGUAACCCAUCAUUCAUUUGCUGUGUUGCCAGAAGUGUGCUGACAUCACAGUUUAGAUUACCCUCUUGACUGCAACAUCCUCACCCCUUUUUCAGAGUGCAGGUACUGCCCUUUCCACCUCCAGGGUUCAGAUCUGGCUAACUGGUUUCCCCAAAUCUCUUCCUAAUUAUUACCUUGCUCACACUCCAACAGCAUACCCACUCACAACCAAGUGUCUCCAUUCACUAUCUAAAAUGUUCAGGCCAAUAAAACUCAAAGUCUCCUUUACAACCUCCCUCCAUUCCUGUCUUCCACAGAUUUAUAAACCCUCUUCCUCAUCAUAUCCCCCUCUCCUUCCUCGAAGCACCUUAACUACCCUAUAUAUCAUAUUUGCUCUUUGCUGGUGACGGUUCUUUUGGGGGACUCUGAAAAUAAAUUGCCAACAUUGGAUGAAUUUAGGGUAUAUGAAAGGGGGAUAUUAUAAGUGAGAAUAGAAAAAGAGCAAGGUGAUGAGGUAGUUUGGGCAUAUAUGCCCAAACUACCUCAUCAGUCAGGAUGAUGAAUGGGAUGUGUAGGAUGGGUAGGGAUCACUCCAGGAAUGGUUGGUGGAAGGUGAGUAAAAGAGGUUGAGUUUUAAGGGUUGAGCAUCCAACAGGCUUAUGUGAGCAUGUUUGGAGUGGAGAGAAGUGCUUUUUUUACUAGAUGUGCUGUUGCAGUAUGAGCAAAAUAAUUCAUGAAGGGAUUCAGAAAACCCAUUAUCCAGAAUUGAGUCCUGGAUGUGGGAAGGGCAGUGCCUACACCCUGGAGGAAUGAGGAUGUUGCAGUUAGAGGGUAACCUGAAUUGUAAUAUCGACAUACUUCUGGCAAGACAAUGAUUGAAUGGAUGGUGAAAUGAGUUGUCAUCUUUGAGUCACCGUACCUUGGUGGGAGAUGGCCUUUGAGGUAAAAAAAAAAUAAAUUAUAUAAUUCCAAGGAACUGUUUUACAGCUAAGCUCUCAGGGUUAAUACAGUGGACCCUCAACUUUAAUCUGUUCCAUGACCUAGCUUUGUAACUCAAUUUGCUCGUAUAUCAAAUCAAUUUUCCUCAUUUAAAUUAGCUGAAAUGCCAUUAAUCCAUUCCAACAGAAUUCCUGCUCUCGGGAGGCAGGACAAAAUACAGUGGAACCUCUACUUGCGAGUUUAAUCCGUUCCAUGACCUUGCUCACAACUGGAUUUGCUUGUUUGCAGAGUAAAUUUUCCUCAUUUAAAUGAACUGAAAUGCAAUUAAUCUGUUCCAGUGGAAUUCUGUACUUCAGUAAUUUCGCUAAUAUCAACUCGACGGCUUAUUUAUCUAUUUCACUUCAUCUAAUGUGACAUAAUAAACAAUAUAAAUAACAUAGAAACCUGAUAUAUACUCUAAAAUGAAUAAAAUAUGUCAUUCAUGUAGUGGUAUGGGCAGUGUCGGCAGUGGACGAGAGCUUGUCUGGAGACCGGGCAAAAUACUUCAUGAAUAAUUUCGCUAUCAUCAUCUAUACGGCUUAUUUAUAUAUCACAGUUCAUCUAAUAUGACAUAACAAACAAUAUAAAUAACAUAGAAACAUGAUAUAUACUCUAGAAUGAAUACAAUGUCAUUAUGUAACAAGUGGAGGCAGCCACAACCGCUCCCUUUUUGUUGUGGUAAACACUGCCAUCUAGUGACGGCCUUUUGAAGCUGUCUUUUAUUAUAUGUAGUACAUUAUUAUUAUAUAUAUUAUUAUACAUAUAAUAAUAAUAUAAUUAUUGUAUUAUAUUAUACUAUUAUUAUUAUACAUUAUUAUUAUCACACUGGCCGAUUCCCACCAAGGCAGGGUGGCCCGAAAAAGAAAAACUUUCACCAUCAUUCACUCCAUCACUGUCUUGCUAGAAGGGUGCUUUACACUACAGUUUUUAAACUGCAACAUUAACACCCCUCCUUCAGAGUGCAGGCACUGUACUUCCCAUCUCCAGGACUCAAGUCCGGCCUGCCGGUUUCCCUGAACCCGUUCAUAAAUGUUAAUUUGCUCACACUCCAACAGCACGUCAAGUAUUAAAAACCAUUCGUCUCUAUUCACUCCUAUCAAACACGCUCACGCACGCCUGCUGGAAGUCCAAGCCCCUCGCACACAAAACCUCCUUUACCCCCUCCCUCCAACCUUUCCUAGGCCGACCCCUACCCCGCCUUCCUUCCACUACAGACUGAUACACUCUUGAAGUCAUUCUGUUUCGCUCCAUUCUUUCUACAUGUCCGAACCACCUCAACAACCCUACAUAUACAUAUUAUUAUUAUAUAAUUUGCAAUUUUUAUUCACACAAAAAAUAUAAGAUUUACUGUUAUUCCUUAUUGCAAUAAUUGUAUAAAUAAUGUCAACCCAUUCACGACUGCAUAUUGGAAUGGACAGUGACGUCAUUUGUUUACUCUGAAACAGCCAAGCAAUAGACCAUUUCUCCUAGGUUGAGCUCUAUUUCAAGGUACUGUUUGUCAUGAAAGUAAUUAAAAUCAUAUCUAUUUCUGUAAUAUAUCUCCAAUCUAUCAAAUGAGACCAAAAAAAGGAGAAUACAACCAUAAACACCAUUCGAAAUUACUGCAAAGGGGUGGCUAAUUGCUGAGAAGUGAACUCCAUUAUUUAUGCUUAGAUUUCUUUCAUUUUUGGUGUACAUUCCUCUUCAAGGGGGGCUCCUUGGCGUGGUGAAGAGGCUCUUGGUCUGAGGAAUUAGACCUGUCGGUCUUCUUCCUCAGACCGAACCUAAUUACCCCCCAUUCUCCCCUCCCCUAUCCCAUCCUCCCCUUUUUCCAUUCCACCUCCUCCUCCCCACCCCUCCCUUUUGCCCUUCCUCUUUUCGGCCUUUGGGAUUUCUCCCACAGGCGCGCUAGUUCCUAGGUAGGGGAAAGGACACCGGGGUCCAUCCCAUUCCGUUGAGGUUCUUGGCGGUGGCGUAGUUUGCCGUGGAAUCUGGAUCGCCUGGGGAUGUCCCGAUCCCUCUCCGGUAUCCCAGAGUAGCUUUGGGUGUCUUUCGGGCGACGGGUGUAUCUCUGGAAGCCACCUUUCGGAUUCUGGGGGUGGUGGCUGAAGGAGGUAUGCUUUGUGGCGGAUAUCCGGCCGCCCUCUCUUUUGUCCACCGAGGUAGCCCCGCAGAUGUGAGGUUGCUAUCCCGGAUUGCUGGUUUACUGGCAUGAAGGGUAGGGUAUGGCACGGGUUCCAUGCUGCAUCUGCGCUACUAGCGGUGCUGAGGUCCUCUUGGGCACGGAGGGAGAUUUCCGGCCCUUUCAUUUCUCCUGGGAACUAUUCCUCCCCGCUCCCCCCUUUUUUAUUCUUUUUUUUUAUUUUUAUUUUCUUUUCUUCUUUCUUUUUUUUCUUAAAAACAAAAAGCAAAGGAGUAACCUAACCAUGGAGAACCCAAUCCAUGAACCCACUACCCCUGGGCCCCUUCUUGAUACCGCACCCCAUUCUGACCCUGCCUUGUGUUUAGACCACUCUUUGGACACUCCUGAUGCCCCUGUACCUCUUGCUGGUGCU